CCUCCUCCUCCCUCCAUCCCUGCAUCCUCCCCUGCUCGCCGUGCUGAGCCCCCAGCGCCCCGGGGAGCCGCCAUCCCCAGGGUGCCCAGAACCCUCCCAGCACCCCGCCGGGGCCUUCAGCCUCGGCUUCCUGCCUUCCUCCUCCUCCUCCUCCUCCGCCUCCUCCUCCUCCCCCCACCCCGCAGCCACCACCCUCUCUCCCUCCCUCGCUCCCCCCCUCCCUCCUUCCCCGGGGCCUGCCUGGCAUGGAGCUGCUGGCCGCGGGGAGCAUCCCCGGUGCCCCGCACCCCGGUGCCCGCACCCCCCGUGCCCCGCAUCCCCCGGCGCAGCCCUGAGCCGCCUCCUUUGUGCGGCGGAGCGGCUGUGCGGGCUCCGGCCCCCACCCCGCACCCCCGGCUCGGGGGCGGCCCGCGGGCGAACGGGAGGGAUGCUGCCCUGGCCGGAGGAGCCCAGCGCCGGAGCUCGGCGGCCAGAAGCAGCGCCCGGCGCCGCUCGAUGCUGACUCCCCCUUCGGACUGCCACAUCCCCCUGUCUCCACGCCAUGUCCCAGCGGAGCCGCCGUCCCUGUCCCUCUGGCAGCCCCACGUGUCCCCGCAGCCCCAGGCCAUGAGCGGGCCCCGGCGGCGGGGAGCAGAGCUGCGGGAUGGCCUCGCUGGACCUGCCCUACCGCUGCCCGCGCUGCGGCGAGCACAAGCGCUUCCGCAGCCUGUCCUCGCUGCGCGCCCACCUGGAGUACAACCACACCUACGAGACCCUCUACGUGCUCUCCAAGACCAACAGCAUCUGCGACGCCGCCGUCUUCCCGCUGGCCGCCGACGCGGCCCUGCUGGCCCCGGCCGCCCGUAGGGACUACUUUGAGAGCACGUCCUUCCAGGGCAAGGACCAGCGCUUCUCCUGCGACCUGGUCCCCGCCGACGAGCUGGAGCCGGCGCCGCCGUCGUCGCCACGCUAUGUGCACGAGAUCGAGAUCCCGCUGAGCGAGAUCUUCAGCCGCGGCAAGGCCGUGGCGCCCGCGCCCGGCCCGCCCGCCGCCGCCGACGCGGCCUACGAGGAGGGCCUGGCCCGCCUCAAGAUCCGCGCCUUCGAGAAGCUGGAGGUGGACAAGAGGCUGGAGAAGCUGACGGAGGAGGUGGAGCAGAAGAUCGCCUCGCAGGUGGGCCGGCUGCAGGUGGAGCUGGACCGCAAGAGCUCGGAGCUGGAGAAGGCCAAGCAGGAGAGCCUGCGGCUGAGCCGGGAGAAGCAGGAGCUGGAGGACCGCGCCUCGGAGCUGUCCCGCCAGGUGGACGUCAGCGUGGAGAUGCUGGCCUCCCUCAAGCAGGACCUGGUGCAGAAGGAGCAGGAGCUCACCCGGAAGCAGCAGGAGGUGCUGCAGAUCGAUCAGUUCCUGAAGGAGACGGCGGCGCGGGAGGCCAACGCCAAGGUGCGGCUGCAGCACUUCAUCGAGGAGCUGCUGGACCGCGCCGACCGCGCCGAGAAGCAGCUGCAGAUCAUCAGCAGCAGCUGCGGCACCACCCCCAAUGGCAGCCUGGGCCGCUGCGGCACCCCGGCCAGCAAGGCCAUCGCCCGAGCGGGACCUCUGCGGGCACAGAGAGAGCGGCACCCGGGCUCGGCGGUGGCCGUGCACGGUCCCUACGGCGGCGUGGCCAACCAGCGCUCCUCCUCCAGCACCGGGGCCUCGAGCCGGGCCAAGGCGGUGUCGCAGAGCUCGGGCUGCUACGACAGUGACAGUGCAGAGCCGUGUCCCACGGAUGACACGGCCGAGGGCCCUCCGUACCCGGCCCGGGAGGCGCGGGGCUCGGGGCUGCGGCGCCAGGCCAUCCAGAACUGGCACCGCCGGCCCUACCGCAACAGCACCGAGGGCGAGGAGGGCGACGUGUCCGACGUGGGCUCCCGCACCACCGAGUCCGAGGCUGAGGCCUGGGAGCCCGAGGGACCGGGAUCCGCCGCGGCCCGACCGCCCGGAGGCUGCCGCCUGACCGUGGCCACGGAUGCCGUGUGUCCCACGGGCAGGCCCGAGGGUGCCGGGGGCAAGGUGUGCCGGCUGGAGCGGGGCAGCCCGGGCCACUGCAGCGAGGUGAUCAGCCCCGAGAUCCUCAAGAUGAGGGCGGCUCUCUUCUGCAUCUUCACCUACCUGGACACCAAGACGCUGCUGCGCGCGGCCGAGGUGUGCAAGGACUGGAAGUUCGUGGCCCGGCACCCGGCCGUGUGGACACGGGUGCUGCUGGAGAACGCCAGGGUCUCCUCCAAGUUCCUGGCCAUGCUGUCCCAGUGGUGCACCCAGAUGCAUUCCCUCACCCUCCAAAACCUGAAGCCGCGACAGCGGGGCAAGAAGGAGAGCAAGGAGGAUUACAUGAAGAGCACACGGGGCUGCCUGGAAGCGGGGCUGGAGUCGCUGCUCAAGGCCACGGGCAGCAACCUGCUGAUCCUGCGCAUCUCGCACUGCCCCAACGUGCUGACCGACCGCUCGCUCUGGCUGGCCAGCUGCUACUGCCGGGCCCUGCAGGCUGUCACCUACCGGAGCUCCACGGACCCCGUGGGCCAUGAGGUGAUCUGGGCCCUGGGAGCAGGCUGCAGGGACAUCAUCUCCCUGCAGGUCGCACCUCUGCAUCCCUGCCAGCAGCCCACCCGCUUCAGCAACCGCUGCCUGCAGAUGAUCGGGCGCUGCUGGCCCCACCUGCGCGCGCUCGGCGUCGGCGGCGCCGGCUGCGGCCUGCAGGGCCUGGCAUCCCUAGCCCGGAACUGCAUGAGGCUGCAGGUGCUGGAGCUGGACCACGUGGCCGAGAUCAACCAGGAGGUGGCAGCUGAGGUGUGCCGGGAGGGGCUCAAGGGGCUGGAGAUGCUGGUGCUCACCUCCACGCCGGUGACCCCCAAGGCCCUGCUGCACUUCAACAGUGUGUGCAGGAACCUCAAGUCCAUCGUGGUGCAGGUGGGCAUUGUGGACUACUUCAAGGAGCCCCACAGCCCCGAGGCCAGGAAGAUGUUUGAGGAGAUGGUGAACAAACUGCAGGCCCUGAGGAAAAGGCCCGGCUUCUCCAAGAUCUUACACAUCAAGGUGGAAGGAGGCUGUUAGCCCUUCAGGGAGCCCAAAGCACAUUCCCUGCUCUGCCCAGAGCCCCGAGGGGCCGGACGGGGACCCCCGAUCGGGCACCAGGAACCCCAAACUCGCAGCCUUUGGGGCCACCCCGGGUGACAAGGUGCUACUCAAGGACAAGUUUUGGCUGUCCCCAGAGCCAGGGCCGUGCUCUUUGCCAGGAGGAGGAUGGUUUUGCAGCCCUGCAGCUGCUCCUCACCAAGGAUCCGUGUUUGGGGACGGCUUUUCUGCUGAACUCUGCUUUGGGGAUCCCUGACCCCAUUCUGGGGCUGGGCUGGCCACUGCAGCCCCGGGUGCUGGACCUGGGCUGGGAAGGGGCUGCUCCUCCCCCAGCAUUCCCCAGGGUUUCUGCUCCUUUUCCUUUGGGAUUUGGCACAGGGGCACCUGAACCCAGGAAAUGCUCCCAGGAGCCAGCAGAGCACAAGGCCAGGAGCAGAGCUGCACCUCGGGCAGCCACAGGGCACAGGAGAGAUGGGUGCUCCUCCAGAGGGCUCCAGCCUCACCUCCUCUCCUCCAAACCCUCCUGCCAAGGCAAUAAACCAUCUCCAGAUCCUCAUCCACCAGGAAACACGGGUCACACUCCUGUCCCACACCCAGACUCCCAUUUGGGGUCAGGGUCCCAUGUGGAGAGAGGGACUGUCACAGGACACCCAUGUUUGCCUUCCCCAGCAGCCUGAAGGAGAAACCCUGGCCAGAAUAUCCUGAAAUGAUCCUGGGAAAAGCACCAACCAACAGCCCUGGCUGAUCCUUACCUACAGCCACCAUUUUCUAAUUCUGAUUUUUCUUCUGAGUGCCCUCAGCCUGCAAGGACAUCAUCAUCACCCCCAAAAUAUCCUUUUUCCAUGGGAAAAGGCUUUGGAAAGGCAUCCAGCAGGGUCAGGCAUCUCCAUGCCCCACCCUGGGGAGAAGGUACCAGGAGGUGGCCCUGGGGCUGGGGACACCACCAGAGCACUGCCAGCAGUGGGGACAGCCCAGCCUUACCCACAGCCCCAGCCCCUGUCCUUGGGCUGAGCAGAGAAGAGACUGGGACAGUGGAUCUGGGGCUUUUCCCUCUUCUCUGGACCAGCCCUGCAGGUUUUGGUGCCUGCUGGCCAGCGUGGCUGGGAGGGGACACUCCCAGAGCCUGUCCCCUGGCCAGCCCUCACAUGGAGCAUCCCCCAGGAGGCACUGGCUGCAGAUCCAGCACCACGUCCCUCAGCCAUGGCACAAGAGCUGCUGACCUCAGCUGGGGCUGCCACACAGCCCGUGGGGAUCCCCAGAGCAAGGAGAAUCACCCCGAAUCACCGAGGCUGGUGGGGCUGGAGGCAGCUCAAGACCCUUCAGCCUCCCUCCAUCCCACCUGUGCUCUCUGCUCUGAAGCAGGAUGGGGUUUUAUGGCCACAGCCCCGUGGGAAUCAGCCCUGCUCCCCCUCCUAUGCAGCUUUCCAGGAGAAGGCUGUUCCUGAAUGCACAAAAUGUGGGAGCCCAAAAACACCUGUGAGAUGCUGCUGUCCCCCCAGAUCCUACGGAUGAGCUCCCAGCUCCCUGCCAUGCCCACCAUGGGUUUACCUCCACCCCAGGGAGCCUGGCACACUCCUAACCCCGGGGCAAGGGGUGCUCCAACCAGCAAAAACCACCCAGCAGAGCUACAACCCCCAGGGGCAGGAGCAUGGCCCAGUGGAGAUGGCAGCACCACAGCACAGGGACUCGUGGAAUUCCCUUAAAAACAAAACAAAGUACCUAUUUAUUUCUAUAAAGAGAAGAAGGAAAAAAAAUUUUAAAGGAAAAUUAUAUACUCAGCAUGUUUAUACACUCUAUGCUUAAAGACUCUCAUGGCCCAGAGGGGUGCCCAAGCCUGGAGGUGGCUGCUCUGGUGUGCCUGGAGCCUCUCCUGGCUCCUGGGAGGGCGAGGAUGAGGAGACGGAGAGAGGGGAGCUGUGAAGACUCUCAGAGAAACCUUCUGUGCCAGAAGAAGGGGUCAGUGGCUGUGUGUGUGGUGGCAUUGGUGACCCUGUGACAUCCCCAUCCCUGCGCUGCCCACGGGGCUUUGGAGGCAUGGCAGGAGCCUCUCCUGGAUCCUUGGUGCAUCCAUCCCCAGGAGCCUCUCCUGGAUUCCUGGUGCAUCCAUCCCCAGGAGCCUCUCAUGGAUUCCUGGUGCAUCCAUCCAUCCCCAGGAGCUCUCCUGGAUUCCUGGUGCAUCCAUCCCCAGGAGCACUCCUGGAUUCCUGGUGGAUCCAUCCCCAGGAGCAUCUCCUGGAUUCCUGAUGCAUCCAUCCCCAGGAGCUCUCCUGGAUUCCUGGUGCAUCCAUCCCCAGGAGCAUCUCCUGGAUUCCUGGUGCAUCCCCAGGAGCUCUCCUGGAUUCCUGGUGCAUCCAUCCAUCCCCAGGAACAUCUCCUGGAUCCUUUGUGCAUCCCCAGGAGCUCUCCUGGAUUCCUGGUGCAUCCAUUCCCAGGAGUCUCUCCUGGAUUCCUGGUGGAUCCAUCCCCAGGAGCUCUCCUGGAUUCCUGGUGGAUCCAUCCCCAGGAGCUCUCCUGGAUUCCUGGUGCAUCCAUCCAUCCCCAGGAGUCUCUCCUGGAUUCCUGGUGGAUCCAUCCCCAGGAGCAGAUCAAACCCUCACCUCUGCUCGGGGCAUUCCCGAACAACCCAGCUCAGCAAAGCCACGUUUUUACACAAAUCCUCGGAUGACACGAGACCUUGAGCGGGUUCAAGGAUGAGAAGAUGGAAAGUGGGGGUUUCUCCCUGUUUUACUUGGGCUCGAGUGGAUCCCUUCCUCCUCCUCCUCCUCGUGGGCUGGGGAUGAAGGCGGCUGGCACAGUGACGGGAGCGGUGGGAAGGAGGGCCCUCCUGGUGGCUCCUAAUUGCCCAGCUUGUUAACGAGCUCAUUAACAGCUCUGAAAUGUCAGACGGAUCCUGCCCCUGCUGCUUCCCCUGCCCUGUCCCGCAGGGUUCCUUGCGGGGGGCUCUGGCCAUGCUGGCCCUGGUCCUGGAUUCACCCUGGAUUCAACCCUGGAUUCAGCCCUGGAUUCACCCUGGAUUCACCCUGGAUUCACCCCUGGAUUCACCGGAGCCUCAGCCCCAUUUCCUCUGGAAGUGAUGGGAACACCAGAAAUGCCGAAUUUCCUGGGAAAGCCUUCAAGGCACACAGCACGUUCAGCUCAGCCCCUGAGAAGAGCCAGAGGGGCUCUGUGAUGACAAUCCCAGUGAAAUCCAGGGAUCUGGGGACAGGAUUGGGGUCACAGCCAUGGCCAGAGCUGGCAGGAGCUGGAUGGACUGUGGUUCUGAGCCUGGCUCCUGCAGGACCAGUUCUGGGGAGAUUUAUUCCUUUUCUAAUGGUUUUCCCAAAGUUUCCCCAUGGCUGACAUUGCCAGCAUUCCCCUUCCCCUGAAUUUGAGCGCUGGUCAGGGAUUUCAGGAGGAACAACAUCACCAAAGGCAGCUCGGGGGCCAAAGCCACCCCAAAUCCCUGGGUUUGUGUCCCCCUGGGUUGGAUUUCACUCGUUCCCAUCACUCCCAGCCGCAGGGAUGCUCUGGGGACCAGGGGCCUCCCCUGCCUUGUCCCUGUGCCUUGGGGCUCCAGGGUGUCAGGGAAUGGGGGAAAAGGGACCCCCAGGCUGGCUCUGGCCCACCAGGAUUUUAAACUUCCCUUGUCUGGAUCCCCCAGAAGAGCCUGGAUUUAGGGAAAACAGAACAAAAACAAAACAGGAGAAGUGUUGGUAAUGGCUCCUGAAGUGGUUAACAGAUGUUUUCCUUCAGCUUUUAGGGGACGCCCCAGCCCAGGAGCUGGAGCAUUGCUUCAGCCUCAUUUUGGGGUGACAAACAGCAGGUUGGGGUGGAGCAAAAGCAUUUGGGAAUUGGUGCCAAAUGAGAAAGUGCUUUAAAAGGGAACAAAUCCCAGGGAGCAGGGAGAUGCUGGGAAGCAGAGAUGGUUUCUUGUGAAGCAUUACAGGGUAUUGUGAGGCGGUGAUGGACCUUCCCCAAUCAGUGGGAGGCAAAAUAAUCCCUGGGGAGGGUGGGAGAGCACUGAGGGAAAGCUGCUGCAGCAGCAAGGAGGGAAAACUGCCCAAAAGCAAGGAAAAAAAGGGAUUUUCUAAUGCAGCCUCGGGAUUGAGCCCAUGGAGGCCAACGAGGCAGGUUGGGGCCGGGGACAAGUGGGUGCAAUGGUGUGGGGCAGUUUGUGGGAAGCGAGGGGGUGAUGCACAGUUGCUUUGAGAUAAUCAGAGGAGAUAAUCAGUGCAGAGAACAGAGCUAUAGAAUUCAGGAACUGGAAUCAUUCCCUACAGCCCUGGACGGCAGCAGUGUACAGCGACCUCCCCUCCCCAGAGCUUCCCCUGGCCUCCCUCCCAAGUUAUUUUUUUAACUCUCUAUAAAUUUAGGUCUAUUUUAGUCUUUCUGCAGCGAUGUGCCAGUGUCUGGAGAACCAAACAUCCCUUGCUGCCCCCACCCCGUGGUCCCUGGAUGCUAACCCGGGCGUGGUGGGAGCUGUGCCAGGGCAGGGCAGGGCUGGGCAGCAGGGCCAGCUCCGGCCGGCAGCCCGCGGGUUUAGCACUUUGGUUGGAACUCUCACCUGUAGACGCACUUUGAUGUUGUUGCUUUGAAACUUUGGCAAGUGUAAACAAUGUGUAUUUAAAGAAUUACAGAGAAACGACCCCCAGCCAAGCGUGUAAAGAGCUAUUUUAUGACUCGGUGUUGAAUAAAGACUCUGGAGAUCGA